AUGGGUGCAAGCGAAAGUACAUCGAUCCAUGUUACGUUCAAUCGUUCGAACUUAUUCUAUUUUGCUGGUGAACAAAUCACAGGCAACAUCGCCUUUCAAAACACUCACGAUAAGCUAACCUUAGACGAGAUCUUUCUGGAAUUUGUUGGAGAAGCUGGCUAUACAACGCGAGAAACACGGCGUCAUCAUGAUAACAACGGACGGUCACAUACGGAAUAUUAUACUGAAUACCAUCAAAUACCGUUUAUGAUUCAUCGUAUACCUGUUGUUCGACCACAACAAGGCCAAAGAGAAUUAACUCUAUAUCGUGGACAACACUCCUGGCCAUUUGAAUUUACUCUUCCUCAAUGUUUACCUCCAUCGUCUCUUCCACUACGUGUUGCAUAUCCCUAUGUCAAAUAUUACGUCCGCAUUGUUCUCAAUAAAUCGUGGUACAAACCCAAUGCCAAACAAGUCUAUCCAUUGACGAUAUUUCCACGAGUGAACAUCUGUCAACACCCAAAUUCUUCACAAGCAAUGUUAGCGAGUCAAACCAAUCGAAAAAAGGUUAGUUUACAGGGCCGCAUCGUGCAAAAUGGUGUCGUACCCGGCGAGAAACUAUCGCUAGAGCUUCAACUUCAAAAUCCCAAACGAGUCGAAAUAAAACGAAUUGAAGCCACCUUCAUUCAGCAUCGACAGAUCGGGCAAAGUCAACAAUCAGAAAUCAUCUUUCGAAUGGAACUUCCCGAUGUUCGCGAAUUCAAUGAUAUGAACUUGCAUCGAACAUUUGAUCUAUACGUUCCCUCAGGUUAUCUCUCGCCCAGUUAUGUCUAUGCUACACAAUGUUGCGGACCAGCACUCGGUAUUGCUUAUAAUUACGAAUUGAAAUUGGAUGUUCAUGUUCGAGGUUUAUUUACUGAUUUCAAAGUUAACAUGCCAGUUCUGGUUGGCACGGACACAUCCUACGAUCACGCACCUGUGCAUAUCAUAAACAAUUCUGAUGACCAAUCAAUACCUAGCGCUCCAGCAUUCGAUUACGAAGAACCUCCGCCGAGUUACGAGUCGAUUGUUACAGACGGCAAGCAAUAA